AUGACGAAUGGAGUUGUAGACUUCAACUUUGGUGGUUUCAGUGAGUCUUUGGACUUUGCACCUCCGGCCUGGAUGGCCCCGCCUGAGACUUUCUCCUUGAAUGGUCGCACGGAUGAGAACCGACGACUUGUCAGUGUUGGUGAUCUCGGUCUUAAGAACUUGAAUACGAUUUUCCAGGAUGUUGCUUUGGAAGAGCAUUUGGUGGCAUCUACUUUGGAAGAUACGGAUCCCUGGAUACUUUUUGAUUCAGGAGUGCCCAUCAUUAGGCACGGCUCACUUUUGUUUCUGGGACUCACUUUGGCACCUUUCAACAAGGAUGAAUUUGAAGUCGUGUGCAACACUUUUCACAACAUGAGUCCACAAGAUACCAUGGCGUCCCCGACUUUCAAGACUUUGGUACAGUAUCAUGUCGACAAGUGGGAGCUCGCAGGUAACACUUUGACCCGCAUACACAAAAGAGCUAGAGCUACUUUCUUUUCUCCCGAAGGGACGAAAGAUCGCCCUGUUGACUUGAAGGACUUGUCUGAUGAGCGCGUUACCUACUUUGAGUACGCCGAUGGCAGAAAAGAGACUUUAACCGACAACUCGCGAUAUUCGGAGAAUCCUAAAGGACCCGCUCCUGAGCGUUUCGUUGGUAGGACUGUUUUCACAUUUCCUCCACACCCACUGGCCGUCAGCUGGUUGGGAAACAGCCUCGAGGAGCAAAACACCGAGGACACUUUUCGUCUGCACUUGGAGCAGACUUCCUCAGGAACGCUUGAAGACUUUAAGAAGGCUUUGCUUGAGCAACUUUUGGAGAAGGACCCGUCUACAGGACGGCCGUACACGCACGACUUGCAGAGCCCUUUUGACAUGCGGACGACUGGCGCAAGAAGGGCGCAACUUUGGCGAGCGCUCCUUUUGUUGGCGCCACUUGGUUUGAAAAGGCAGACUUGCAACUGGUUUGAGUGUGAGCCGGAAGCUCCUGACUACGUUGCGUGUCGCUGCAGAGGCCUGAAACAGCCUGGCGAGCCAACUUUGACGGAGCGGCUUGAGCCUUGGUGUGAAGUUUGCGUGCGUGCUAAGAGCAAACAGGCCAAGAGUCGCAGACUUUCCCUGAAGCAGCCUGUUCAGCAGAUGGAUUUUAGCUUUUUUGGCGACAAGCCUGGUGGUGAGCAGAUCACAAUCUUGAACGUUGUGGAUGUCCUUUCGGGCAUGGCACUUUUUGUUGUGAUCCCUACCAAGGCGCACACACCUUACUCACAGGCUGAGUUGCGGCACUGUGGGUAA